AUGAGUCGCAUCGACAGCCGCGCCACUUCCAUGACCCCCCAGCACAGUGCCAACAUGACAAAGACCGACGACAGCAGUUCCACCAGCCUCACUCCUGCAGCCACCUCGGAAAACAGCGUCGCCUACCAGUAUGUCGCCGUCCAGCAGAUGACUACAUCUCGCGACCACAUCGAGUACCAGCUCACCGUCCGCGAACAGCCCAAGCAGUCGCGCAUGUGUGGCGUAGGUGAAAAAGCCGACCGACGCCCCAUCGAUCCCGCUCCCAUCGUCCAGCUCCGCGUCAUCACUCACGAUCGGCCCGUCCGUCAGUCCGAUGUCGUCGAAGACUCCUCGGUCGCACCGCCCAUCGAACGCAAGCCUGGUCAUGGUCCAAAGCAGCCCCAGACGCCCGGCGUCCGCAGGGGCGUCCCCGUAACCACCGCCCUCGGCGAUGGCUGGGAGGACAAGGCUUGGUACCUAGAAAAUCCGUACUUUUUCAUGUACGCCAUGCUCUGCAACGCAGACACCGACGAGGAACUCCACCUGCUCAACGAUGGCAAGACUCGCUACACCAGCGGCUCGUGCGUCUCGUGCCUAUACCACCUCAAAGACAUCGACGGCUCGCAUCAAGGCUUCUUCGUCUUUCCCGAUCUCAGCAUCCGCGUAGAGGGACGCUACCGGCUCAAGCUCUGCCUCUUCGAGACCAUCGGCCACUCGGUGCACCACUGCAAGUCUGUCUAUUCCGAUCCCUUCCACGUCUACACGGCCAAACGCUUCCCCGGCAUGGAGGAGUCGACCAAGCUCUCCAAGUCGUUUGCCGAACAGGGCCUCAAGGUGCGCGUUCGCAAGCAUCCGCGCUCGCGCCGCCGAAGUUCCAAGCGCACAAAGGACGACAGCGAGGCAUCCGACCUCGAGGCUGCGUCCAGCCGCGCUCGCGAUCGCAGCCCGAAACGUGCGCGUGCCUCCGACAUCCUUCCUCAGCCAUCGCUUGCAGUGCCCCAACCUACGGCUCCGAGGUUGACUCGCACGCUCGACUCGCGCUACGAACGCCCUGCGUUCGACCGCAGAGCAUCCAAUGCAUCCGUUUCGACAGACCCACAACCGCCGCCGCCGCAUCCGUACUCGCUUCGCGACGAGGAAGAGGCGAUGCGAGUGCGGGCUGCUCGCAGCAGAGACGCUGUCUUUGACAACGCGCUCUAUGCGCGCCAUACCCGCGACGAAGGGCCCAUGGACCCGCCCGCUCACAUGCGAGACUUUGCCGACGCACGCUAUGCAGAAGAACGUGUACCACGCGAUCGUCCGCCACCAGCAUUGCCUAGCAUGCCGCUCAGGGCGCCACACGAAUACCCAGAAUACGGCCGGGUUGAGCCUCCUCGGGACGACCGCGGACGGGCUCUGCCACCAGCACCGCAGCCCGCAGCGACGUCGCCGCACCAUACGCAUCCGUCGCUUGCAGGCCAGCGAUAUGCCCCCGCACUGCCGAAUGCGCCCCCAUCCGCGCGUCCGUACCGCGAAUACUUGCAUGCAUAUGGCGCGCCGGAGUCCGGGACGUACGAGCCUGCGCGAGGGUACGACGCUUAUGCUGCAUCGCGGCCUGGUGUGCGGUACGGGUCAUCGCUUGCUCACGAACGACGAGACGCGCAGAUGAUGCCUGCUUCCGCCACGCCUCCACCCCCGCCUCCUGGCAGUCUCGAGCCGAGUGGCUGGCAUGUAGGCCCGCCUUCGUCACGCUCGCACUGGCGGUCAGGCCCGCCUAGUCCGCGCCGGGCAGCCGAAUAUCACGUUGGACCGGGCGAACGCGAGUAUGCAUCGCGUCGAUCGCCGGUGCCGCCCGGACUGCCGUUGGCUCGCGGGAUUCUGACGCCGCCAGCGGCGUUUGUGGGCGAGGGCAGCAUGUACCACAGACACGGCCAUGGCGCCGGCGAGCUUGCGCGUGGACCCACGGUGUACGAGUCCGAGGUGGGCGCGGCGCGACCGAUGCGCUACCUGCGCGAAGAUUUCGGGCCGGAGCGCGCAGGGCCUGGUGGCCGGGGGAUGGGCGGUGAGCGACCGAUGCUGCCGCCGCUUUCGGCACCGCCACCUCUGGCGCAGCGUCGCGACCUGGGCAGGGAGCGCGAUGCAGGCUACGGAGCAACCGAGCGCUUCAUGCCUCCGUCUGGUCACGGCGCUCGCGCGCCGCCACCGCUUGCGUCGAACGAAGCCGAACUGGCUGAGCGCGAGCGCGAGCGCGAACGAGCGUGGGAGCGCGAGAGAGACGAGGCAUAUGGCGCACGCGAGUGGGAGGCGCGCCGCGCUUCGCGGCCCUACGGCGGUUCUAGGCCGCCGUAUCAGUAG